AUGAUCGUCAGCACACAGAAAAUGUCUGUUGUAGAGACAAUGCCUGCUCCUCUGCUGCCGAUGGCGCCAUUGAUGGGGGAUAUUAUUCUGUAUGAGACUCCAGGAACUUUCCAAGAUUCCAUGGUGGAAGAUAUCCAGCAGACAUCGUGCCAGAAUCCCGAGAUGGCUCACACCAUUCAUGAGCCAGAGUCAGAUGGCUCUCCUGGUUUUCCAAAAGAAACCCCAGAGAUGGCGCAAACUAUCCCUAACCAGAAACCAAAGGAACAGUCUCAGCAGCUUCCAAAAGUAGCCUCCCUCUCAAAGUCCAUCGUCCCUAUCCAAGAGGACCUGUCUUGCCUUGGUCAGGUUUCUUUCGAUCCAUCCAAACACAUCCAGUUCACGGCCCCGUCCAAAAUAUGGACCAUGGAGGAGCUCAACUACACCGAUGGCCAAGGAAUUUCGCCGGUUGGCGUCUCGGAGCCCUUUCCUCUUUUCAGCGCAGAAGCCGUCAAGCAGAUGCGCGCCGAAAUCCUGAGCGAGAAUGUGUGGCACAAAUACAAGUUUUCUAGCAACUUGUCCGACUGCAUGUUGCGAGGGUAUGCGCCAAAGUGUGCCCCGUUUGCAUAUGAUGCCUGGCGAAGCCCCGAGGUGCUUUCUAUCAUCUCUAAAAUUGCAGGCAUUGACUUGGUUCCAGUGAUGGACCUCGAGAUCGGACACAUCAACGUUGCCGUGCAUAGUGAUGAAGAAAAGCUCAAAGCCUUAAAGAAAGCCCAGCUCGAACCUGGCGAAGACGAGGCCGUGCUGGACUGGCACAGCGACAGCUACCCUUUCGUCUGCGUAACCAUGCUUUCGGAUUGUACCGACAUGGUUGGUGGCGAGACAGCCUUGCGCAAGGGUAAUGGUGGUGUGGUCAAGGUUCGCGGUCCGCAAAUGGGAUCCGCUGUUAUCAUGCAGGGCCGAUAUAUCGAGCACCGGGCUCUACGCGCAUUCGGCACAAACGAGCGCAUCACCUCGGUGACUUCAUUCCGGCCGCGUGUCGCUGCAGUCAAGGACGACACCGUGCUCACCACAGUGCGCGGCAUCUCGCACCUCAAGGAACUGUACCAGCAGUAUACCGAGUACCGCUUCGAAAUGCUGCAGGACCGACUCCAGGACAUGGGCCGCAAGAUGCGAGACCGCACACGAGCCAACCGCGAGUACGACACGGCGGCUGUCAAGCAGUUUAUCCGCCAGCAGAUCGACUUCCUCAGCGCGAUGGACCGCGAGAUCAUCGACGAUGACAAAGUAAAACAGGGCUAUAUUGGCAACGGCCACCUAAUCUCGGACGAGAUCAAGGCGCGGUCGAAGAAGCUGGGGACUUAUGAGGAUGAAGUCCUAUGA